AUGAGCGGCCCAGGAGAGCAACCAGACUGCAGUACGGCCGACUACACAGACAAAUUCUUCGAACCGACAUCUCAAGACACAUUCCAUCCAGGCGACACAGUUGAGAUCUCGUGGUUCGCGGAGCCGCCCCAGAACAUUACCUCGCUGAGCGAAGCGAUCUGGGCCCUGACACUGCAGCGUUCCGGCUACACUGGAGACGAGCCUAAUAAUUUCUCGUUCACCAUCCAAGGGUCCUUCUUUUCCUUGUACGGCCGUGCUACCGGCCCUGAAUCCUGGACUAUUAUCGACGAGUGUGACGAUACGGCGCAGAAUUACACGUGGUACAUCCCCUCUGAUAUCGACAUAUCGUUUCCCAAAUUCGCUCUCGUCGCUCGAAACUUAAGCGACGGCGGCCACGCCCGGACGAGCGAUCCGUUCUUGAUCGAGGCUACUGUUCCAGCUCCCGAGGUAUCUUCCCUGACCGCGGCCACCUCGACAUCUUCCAGUUUGGCAACCUCCAAUCCGACGUCUUCUGGUUCGGUAUCCCCUAGCACGACGUCUACAUCCGCAAUUGGAUCGACACCCACCUCGUCACCUUCGACGCAUCAUGGAUCUGCAGGGUUGUCUACGGGGGCAAAGGCAGGGAUCGGUGCCGCGGUGCCCCUGGCUGUGAUAGCCGUCGUGGUGGGACUAUGGGCCUUCUGGAAAAGGCGUCCAGUGAAGAAGAAUGCCCAGGUCGAAGACGGUCCAGUUGCUACGAGCACUGAUAUGUAUGAAAAGGCCGAGCUACCUGCGGAUAACCAGACAAGGAUGGAACCCGUGGAGCUUGACGGGGGAGGAAUAGAGCCGGGGGAGAUGGAUACAAGUACGCGCCAGGUGCAUACAAGCCCAAGCCCGCAGGCGCCUGUUGAGCUAUCGCCAUAG